AUGCCGCUGAAGCUCGCGCUCAUCGUCUCUGCUCCGGUGGGAAUAACCUGUGCCAUACUGUACCUGGCAGGUGUCCCCUGGAGAAUCAACAUCCGCAUCGCCACCUUCCUGCUCGUCUUCCUCUUCGUCGCCGGGCUGUGUGAGCGCGCGCGCGCUCGCGCCAGGUUGCGACGCCUGCAGCAUGAGCAAGAUCCGGAGAGUGACCAGUCCAUGGCGGCGCUUCCACGGGAACCGGCCGUCGGGCUAGGACGGGCAGCGAUCGCCGGUCUGCCGGUGUACAAGUACGAGAAGCUGGAGCGCGGCGGCGGAGAGGGCGACCAGUGCGCCGUGUGCCUCGCCGAGAUUAGGCCAAAGGAGGUGGUGAAGCAGCUGCCGGCGUGCACGCACCUGUUCCACGAAGGGUGCAUCGACGUGUGGCUGUGGUCGCACCGGACAUGUCCGGUGUGCCGGUGUCCGGUUGAGGUCUCUGCCGUGCCGGCUGUGGAAGUUGCCGCGCGUGCUUUGUAA